GACUCGAGGUCAGUGUGUGAAGUCUUGGGUCCGGACUGCGCCGCUGCUCGCAGUCAUCUCUCUCCGUCGUUCGGCCACGUGGCGGAUCUCCUGCGGAGCUCCACCGCCCUCCCCGGCACGCCGUCAGCCAGCGACGAGACCGGGAGCGGACGGAACCAGCCGUUACUAUCAACCACACCUCUGAGGCUCUACUUCUUGCUGGCCAUCUCUCUCUUGGCGUUGGUCUGGCUGCAAAUGUGGAUACAUUUUAAGCACCCAGGAUUCAAAGAUCAGUGGACGGAUACCAGUGACACUGAAGGCUGGGCGGGGGCACAGCCCAAGCUGCUGAGCCUCCCGGAGCUGUGCCGCAGUCUGGCCGAGUGCUGGGAGAGCCUCACAGCCUAUUGCGUCGACCUCGCGCUCUACCGAGCCCAGCACCCCGACCGGUUCUGUGCCCGCGUGUGUGUCUGCUGCCUGGGAUUUGCCAUCGUGGGCCACUAUGUCCCAGGCAUCAUGAUUGCGUACAUCAUCGUGGCGAGCGUGCUGCUGUGGCCGCUGGUGGUCUACCACGAGCUCAUACAGAAGAUGUACAACCGGAUCGAGCCUGUGCUUAUGAAGCUGGACUACAGCAUGCGCGGGGGCAUGUUGGGCCGCGGCCACGAGCAGCGUCGUGUGCGGAAGGAAAAGACCGACGGGAAUGAGCCCACAGCCGAGACGGACAGUGACAGCGAGGGAGAACUGUCCAAUUACUGCACAAAGGUAGACGUGAAGCGCACGGCGCUGGCGCUCUCCAUCACAGACUCGGAGCUCUCCGAUGAGGAGGCCUCCAUCCUGGAGAGCGAGGGCUUCACGCUGUCCCGAGGCAGCACCCCUCCACCGCCCGCCGAUCACUCCCAAGAAGAUUUCGAUCUACAAAACAACCCGGAGGACUCGCCCCACUGCCGGGCAAAGGGGCAGCAGAGCGGCUAUGGCGCUCACGGUGGUCGUGGUGCUCCCGGGACUCCUGGUGGUCGUGCUGCCAGCACAGCCGAGGUGUUGGCUGCAGGGCGCCACGGGGAAAUGCCGCCCGCACCCGCCCUCCGCUUCGACGACACCCACUUCAAUGAGCAUGACUCUGGCGGCACCGCCGCCAGCACCGCCCCUCCUCUGCCGCGGCGGCCACCUGUGGCCAUCCAAGAGCUGGGUGAGGCCAUGGCCAAGGAGAUCCUGCGGUUCGCGGAGCCCCGGGGUACGCAGGCCCAGUCUCCCGAUGUAAAGGAACACAGCUGGGAAAUCGCAGGAAGCGGGAGCGGCACCGCAGCAAUGUGCUGUGCUGCUGCCGCCGCAAGAAAUAUUGCCGGAGUCGGAAUCGGCGGAGAAGCAAGCAUCGGCGCGUGGCACGCUGAAGAAGGAAGCGGCGCCAAAUCACCAGGCGAUGUGGUGCCAGAGAUCCUGACCGCGAUGAGAGGUGGCGACAGUCCUGCGGUGGCAGCCCGAGCCGGAGAGGAAACCGGAGCCGGUGCCGGAGCCGGAGGCAACUCUGCAGCCAUGGGUGGUGGUGCCGAAUCUGCGGGCCACGCGGCGUUGCCGGAAAGCAGCCGUGGACGAGAGGGGGGUGAGGCCGUGGCCGGAGUCCCCGGCGGUACCGCCGGGGUGGGAGGCCGAGCCAAUGUGGGAGCUUCCAGGGGUGGCAGUGACGAGGCGGACACCAUGGCAACAGCGGACACCACAGUGGUACCGCUGUCCACUCUGGCAGACGCCGAGGGGGACGACUUUGAGGUGGUGGAUGAGUCGGAGGUGGAGCGGCUGGGAGCCGAGAUGCGGUCGUCGGGAAUCGGCGUGGAGGAAACCGGAAGCACCGGCUUCUUCUCUGGCUUCCUGGGGCAGUAGAUCUCCAGAGUUGUAUCUACUAAAUAUGGGAACCCACGCCGACGCAAGUGAAACAUGGAAAAGUAACGGCGGCGCUAUGUUAACGUCAAUUGCAAUUCAUAUUGUUGCGUAUCGAGCGGCCGUGGAGAGCCUAGCCAGAGUGACCUGCAUGCAAUUCGUCAUGCCGGAGGUCCGCAGGAGUUGUUCCUAAACACCCGUGUUUUACUUCUGCGUAAAACGUUAAGUAGCCUUGGCACUAAUGGCAACAAACAUAUAUAUUGAUGGGGCUCCGGGGUGGCUAGGAGAUGUUAACUACCUCGUGUGGUAUACAGAAGGUCGUGUGUUCAAUCCUGACCCUGACGCCUGCUGCUGUAUAUUUGGAGUUUGUGUGUCUCUCCCCCCGUGGUCGCGUGGAUUUUUCUCUGAGUCCUCUGGUUUUUCCUCCAAAAUAAUGAACAUUACGAGUAUUUGGCUGCUAUACGUUUCCACGUGAUAAGCCACUUCAUUGAGCUAUCAUUUGUGAUAGCCGGGUCGCUUCUGAAAAAGAGCUACAUAGAUCAUUGGGCCUUACCUGGUAAAAUAAAAAGUUUAGUUUUAAACGUAGGGAAUAAAAAUCUGUAAAGAAAUUAGACAAAGCUUUUGUGAGCUCUCUAUAUAAAUCAGAUACCGUGUUUCAUCUCAUUGAGCUGUUUUAAAAUUUUAUGAUAAAAAAACAUGUAUUUUUCGUCACUGCUUAAAAUAUGAAAUGCAUUCCUGCUGGCUCCUAGGAAAGACUUUUAACUUGGUGAGCGUUAUGUUGUACUUACAUUAACAAAAACGAGAUUUUUGACGUUCAUAUUUUCAAGCCAGAAUAUAACUUAAUAUCACGUCUCAUCCCACCCUGAUAAGCAUUCAGCACUGAGCUAGUUUUCUUCAAGGGAAAGAUUUUAACACUUGCACGUAUAAAAAUGUACUUGUGUGUGUGUAUAAUAAUAGUAUCGUCACAAAUCUAAUAGCGUAAGGCUAUCACAAAGUUUCACACACGUAGUCUGCAGUCGUUUCACCGUUAACGGCGAUGUUGCUGCUGCGUGUGAUCCCAAUUAAGAUAUUUGAGAUCUAAUUUUCUAAAUGUGGCAAAUUUGGACCAUGGCACCACUGGCACCGCUGGCACACGAUGACCUACUGCUCUUUUCGUUUGACGUCAACAGGAUCUUUAACACGUAGGCUUUCGCGACCAAUAUUAUCCAUAAAAGAGGAAUAAUAUUGGUCAGGAAAGCUCUGUCUGUCGCCUGAUGAGGCUGGUUGUAAUUUCCAGUGAAACGUCACUGUAGUCGAAUAGUAAAUGUUGUGGUUUUACUCUCCAACACACCGGUGUGCUGAACUAGUAACUAAUUGGCACGUUUUGUUAACGUGAUAAACGUUACAAAUUCGCUGUCGGGUGGUGAUGAAUUUAAGGACCUUUAUAUUUACGUCAUCUAACCCACUCUGAAGUUGGCGCCAUUUGGUACACUGUCAUUAAUUCACCCGCGGUGUUAUCGAGGGUGGCUGACCAGAUUCAAACCUUCAUCCUCUGCUACCGCUGGCGACCACCCCGCUGCUGGGCCGUGUCACCGCCCCGACGUGUGUGUUUGCAACGCUCGUAACGAGCGUAACGUUAUGAAGAUAAUUAGGGCCUGCAGAUAAGGCUAGCGCUGUGUUUAUGCACGCACAGAAUGCGUCCACAAACCUUGCUUCGUUGCUCGCAAGAUGCCAUGUCCCUAUGCGGGGAUACUGCUGCUGCUGUCACCACCACCAUCACAACAACGACUCCUUUAGUGGCCUUGAGUUGAGGUGGUUAUGAAUUUACCACUCUUACCGUGACCACGUUCGCUUAACUCCAGGAACGCGAACAGUGACCCACACACACACAACUGAGAUGCACCAACAGUGGCAUAACACAGCAAUGCAUGUUGACGUGUAUACAGUUUGCCAAUGAAGUAAAACAACCCCUGCUUAAAUGUUGCACACUGAACAUAGCAAAUAUCAGCUCUGUAUUGUAAUUGCAGACGUAUAACUAUCAAUGGGGUUUGAAACAUACACCACCCAAUCUAUACUCUUGUAAAUAAAGUGGCAGUACAAUAUAACAUGUUACAUAGCGAGAGUUGUGUUAUAGUGUAUUUGGUUUAUAUACUGUGUGUGGAUUUCUGUUAAACGGGACUACACUUGGAAUAGCAAAAUAUCAAGUCAAAAUAUUUCAAAUGGAAUUUUAAUAAUUGCACGCCCGUUUCAACGUGUACAGGUACCACUCAUCUUGCGGUGUGCGCAUUCUACAAUGCGCAGGGACUGCACUUGCCCGUGCCAACAAUGCGCACACGGCAGCAGAGAAUGGGGAGGGUGCUUCCAUUUAUCCAGCUACUGCACACUGGGCAAGGCUCUCAUCCUCCAGCCAUUGCGUGAACGAAAAUCCGAGUUUUUCGCGCGCUCCCUUGUGGUAGGGACUUCAUAUGCGGCUAACACAAUGGGGACUGUCGAAGCGUUGCCGCAAGUCAGGGGCUCGGCAACCUGCGGUUUGUAAAUCGUCAGUCCGCUUGUGUCACACGCAACAGCUUCAGUGGUGUGGAUUCCGUGAAGAUGCAGCCUGACUAGCUACUCAGAGCAGAUGUUACUGGUUGGAACCUAGUUACACCAGCCCACAGGGGAUUAUUGUGUCCGUCGUGCAUGG